AUGAACCGCUUCUUCGGCUCUAAGCCCACAGGGCCCAAACCGACCCUCAACGGCGCCAUCUCCAACAUCGACACCCGCGUCGCCUCCAUCGACACCAAACUCAAAGCCCUCAACGGCGAGCUCUCCGCCUACCAGGAGAAACUCUCCAAGAUGCGUGAAGGCCCCGGCAAACAAGCCAUCAAACAAAAGGCCCUCAAGGUCCUGCAGCGCCGCAAGGCCUACGAGGCCGAGAAGGAGAAGCUCGAAGGCCAAGUCUGGAACAUGGAGCAAGCACAAAGUAUGCAGGACAACCUCAAGAACGUCAUGACACAGGUCGACGCGAUGAAGACGACCAAUAAGGAGCUGCGCAGGCAGUACGGCAAGAUCGACAUCGACAAGAUUGAGCGCCUGCAGGACGAAAUGGCCGACCUCAUGGACGUGGGCAACGAGAUCCAGGAUAGUCUGGCGCGCAGCUACGAUAUUCCCGACGAGGUGGACGAGGCUGAGCUCGAUGCGGAGCUCGAGGCACUGGGUAUGGAGCAGGAGCUGGAGCAGGAGAUGAUGGGCGGUGCGGUGCCAGGAUUUUUGCAGGACGAGGUGGUGCCUGAGUUUAUUGAUGAGCCGCCGCAGACGGAGGAUAAGGUGAAGCAGGUUGCGGGCUGA